AUGAGCUCGAUGACGCAGCGUAAGCUCACGGCAUCCGCUACUGUGGCACAGGCAUGUCGUCAGGCCGUGGCAGAGCUUGAGAAUUGGUCACUUUGGGCCUACCGCUCCACCACAGGAGAGGAAUGGGACGCGCAGCCUGCUUGUUUCAUUACGGAUUAUCUGUUAGCCGUACAGUGCUUUACUUUUGCCGUGUACAUUGGCCUCUUUGCCGCAACAGACAAGGGUGAUUUGGCUUGGUAUUUUAUGUACUUCAUGGCGCUUGGGAUUUCGGCGGCAAUGGGCGGCUUACUGCACCAUGUUGCCUUUGAGGCCAUGCGUGAUAUCGCGCAGAAGCAAGAGAAUCAACUCGUCAAGACCGCACGCAUCUUUGGCAUGAACCUCAGUCGCUCCACUGUGGAUAAUAUGAUUGAUGUUUUGUGGCGCGUUGUGCUAGCCUGUUCCAUCUUUACCAACUUUUCGCUGCUUUCUCUAGCUGCCAGCCGCCACUUGCCCGAGACCUGGGCCUACUCUAUCAUCGCCCUGGCUGCCAUUUUCUAUGUGGUGCUGGCUGUAUGGGCUAGCGUCAGCAUGCACGCGGUGUUUCUUUUCGUUGGCUUCAUCCCUGUAAUGGUAUUUGGCCCUAUCGCUUGCUUUAUGACGUGGAACUGGGAGUGGAGCCAUUCGACUAAUGAGCUGCUUGUGUACGGCGUCAAGCUCGUGGGUGGCCUCAUCCAGGGUCUCGUAUGGGCUCCUAGCAAGGACAAGUUUAAUCACAACGCCUUAUCGCACGUGUUUCUCAGUAUGGCAGCAACGCUCAUGCUCAUUCACUUUAAGUUCUAA